CUUGAAAGAUGAGAAUGCUAGCCAGAAUUGUCCUGGUACUUAUCAUCUUUGAUGCUACAUUGACUGCCCCAACUCCAGAGCUCCUUAACUAUGACUCAGAGGUCUACGAUGCCAUCUUGGAGGACGUGGGAACGUUUUAUAACUAUGAACACAUACCUGUCAACAAAUUAGAGACUGAGAAGGUGACAGAGAGGCUUUCCGGCAACAGAGAGCUCCUUACUCCAGGCCCACAGCUAGGAGAUACCCAGGAUGAGGACAAGGAUGAAGAAUCCACUCCCAGGCUGAUCGAUGGCUCUUCACCACAGGAGCCAGAAUUCCCAGGGCUUCUGGGUCCACACACCAAUGAAGACUUUCCAACCUGCCUUCUGUGUACUUGUAUAAGCACCACUGUAUACUGUGAUGACCAUGAACUUGAUGCCAUUCCUCCACUGCCUAAGAAGACGGCGUAUUUCUACUCACGCUUCAACAGAAUUAAGAAGAUCAACAAAAAUGACUUUGCUAGCCUAAGUGAUUUAAAAAGGAUUGAUCUGACAUCAAAUUUAAUAUCUGAGAUUGAUGAAGAUGCAUUCCGAAAGCUUCCUCGUCUUCAAGAGCUUGUGCUACGUGACAACAAAAUAAGGCAGCUCCCGGAAUUGCCAAACACUUUGACAUUUAUUGAUAUCAGCAACAAUAGACUAGGAAGGAAGGGGAUUAAACAAGAAGCAUUUAAAGACAUGUUUGAGCUCCACCAUCUGUACAUCACGGAUAACAGCUUGGACCACAUCCCUCUGCCACUUCCAGAGAGCCUUCGAGCUCUUCACCUCCAGAAUAACGAUAUUUUGGAGAUGCAUGAGGAUACUUUCUGUAAUGUUAAAAACUUCACUUAUGUUCGCAAGGCAUUAGAGGACAUUCGGCUGGAUGGAAACCCUAUCAACCUCAGCAAAACUCCUCAAGCGUAUGUGUGCCUACCUCGUUUGCCCAUUGGGAGUUUUGUGUAGUGUUUGAAUGCUAGGCAAACAA